GAUUGUCUGGACACAGUUCUCAUCAGCAAUUCGAACACUACAGUACUAAUCCGGUUAAUCCUUCCGAAGAAAAAGAAAAGUGAUCUAUUCUUUUGCUUUUUACAUUUUAUUUAGAUAUUUUGAGAAAAGGAUUAGUGAAUGAAUCCUUGAUUUCACAAUCAACUGCAACUAAAUUUUAAUGUGAUGUCAGACACAUGAUUUAGUGAUACGUAAAAAAACCAGUUUGUGGUGAAGGUCCGAAACUGCGAGAUCUCUGCAAGAGCAUUAUAAUUCCAGUUUCAGGACAAAGCCGACAAAUGCGCAUAUAAUAUAUUUAACUGUGUAUUGGACUUUGCAAUCACAUUGAACGCAAAUUCUUCCUACACGUACAUUGCACAUGUAGACACGCAUCCGUUUCUAUAAUCAAGUGACGAAAUUCUACUAGGUACAUACAUGUACAUUCUCGACCGACAAAAUCAAAUAUACGAGACCGAUUUCUCGUUCCUCAUCACGAAUUUAUUGGAGUCAUUCGCCUAUUUCUAUGUAAAAAUAUUCGUUGUGAUGGAUACGACAGCAUCAUCCGCGAUUAUCGAGGAUCAAAAUAAGUUGAAACAUCCAUCCAAGGAAGAGCGAAGUGAGCUUUAUCAAAACUGGCUAGAAAAUGGACCCAAAAUUUCGUUUAGUGGACACGAACUUAACCUUGAGUUAGAUAGUAUCGACGAAUUCUUCAUUCAAAAAGCCAAGGACGAGUUGCGAGAGACGCCGGAAAUCGUUGCCGAGAGUUGUAGGGAAUUGCUGCAACUGAUUGCAGGGGAACCUUAUCUAAAUAUACCGACUGAAGAAGAAUUUCUUCAAAUAUUCUUGCGACCAUGCAAAUAUUAUCCGAAAAGUGCUUUUUCCCUUAUGAAACGAUACUUUCGGUUUCGCCAGAACUAUCCGCAUAUAUAUGUCGAUUUAUUACCUAGCAAAGAAAAAACGGCAUUGUGCGCCAAUUUAGUUUAUCCAUUGCCAUUUCGCGCUAAAGAUGGAUCUAGAAUAGUAGUAAUCGAGGGCGGCAAACGAUGGAAUCCAAAGGAAGUGUCACCUAAUGCGUUCUUUAAAGGCUUGAUAAUUAUGUUGUACAUUGCAAUGGGAGAACCCAAGACUCAGAUCGCAGGUGGACAAGUCAUCUUAGAUGUGGAGGGUUUAUCUCUCUCACAUGUUACAUAUCUAAGUCCAAGUUUCGCCAAAAUGAUGGUCGAUUUUAUACAAAAAUGUUUGCCCCUUCGCCUUAAACAUAUUCAUAUUGUAAAACAGUCCUUUUUCUUCAACAUGGCAUUUGCAAUUUUCAAACCAUUUCUAGAGGAGAAGAUUCGCAAACGAAUUCAUUUUCACGGUACAAAUUGGGAGAAUUUAAGUACUUUUAUAGAUAAGAAAGCACUACUUAAAAGACACGGGGGUGAAUUAGAAAUGCCCGAUGGACCAUUCGGUGUGAAACUUUGGCAAAGUAUAACUAUAUGUGAUCCCAUUUUUGAAAUUGAUCAACGUUGCGGAUACAAAACCGAUAAUAACGUAAAAUAACCGCUAUUUGAAUCAGUUUGUUGCAUUAUCAUCACCAAUCAUCAUCAUCAGAAUUAUAAUGGAUUAGCAAUUAUACGCUUGAAGCUGCAAUAACAAAUUACAAACAUGAAAUUACACGAAAAUGACGCUAAGCGCUAUCAAAGAAGAUCCAUUAAAAUCAGAUUUUAUUUUCAAAGAUUAUAAUAAAUUAUAUAUUGAUAUAUGUAUAUUAAU